UCAAGCACAGGGUUAUAACGACCACGAGCCACAAAUCAAGCCCUCCAAAAUAACCCAAAUGAGCUCUUACUUUGUAAACUCGUUCUCAGGGCGCUAUCCAAAUGGCCCCGACUAUCAGUUGCUAAAUUAUGGGACCAGCAGUUCUAUGAACGGUUCGUACAGAGAUUCAAGCACCAUGCAUUCCAGCUCUUAUGGCUACAACUACAAUGGGAUGGACCUUAGCAUCAACCGCUCAACCUCCUCUAGCCACUUUGGGGCUGUGGGAGAAAGCUCCCGCAGCUUCCCUUCGCCCGCUCAGGAGAGCAGGUUUAGGCAAGCGUCUAGCUGUUCCUUGUCCUCUCCCGAGUCCCUUCCCUGCUCCAACAGCGACAACCAUGGAGGCAAACCCGCCCCGUCCCCCUCCGACCAGGCUACUUCUGCCAGCACCAACACAAAUUUCACAGAAAUAGACGAGACCAGCGCGUCUUCGGGAACCGAAGAGGGCACCCAAAUAAACAGCAGCAAUAUUCCCCGGGCACAGGCAGAGCCCGUCGCUACAUCCACAGCUGCAACAGAAGGGCAGACACCACAGAUAUUCCCUUGGAUGAGGAAGCUUCACAUUAGCCAUGACAUGACUGGACCAGACGGUAAAAGGGCAAGAACCGCCUAUACUCGCUACCAGACCCUAGAAUUGGAAAAGGAAUUUCACUUCAAUAGAUAUCUCACCCGCAGGAGGAGAAUAGAAAUCGCCCAUGCUCUGUGCCUCUCCGAAAGGCAAAUUAAAAUCUGGUUCCAAAACAGAAGAAUGAAGUGGAAGAAAGAUAAUAAACUGAAAAGCAUGAGUGUAGCCUCCGCGGGCAGCGCCUUCCAGCCAUAAAUUAUAGAAAAGGAAUAUCAAGGAAAGAAAGAAGAGAAGAAAGGGGGGUGGGAGAAACAGCACCAUAUCUUAGUUUCAGAGUACUGUACAGUAAGGCACCUUUUUUCGGCAUGUUGUUGAUAUUUUAAACAACUCCUAUGGUACUGUUAUCCCAGGACUGCGCUCCUGUUGUGUUUUUAUUUUUGUUUUAAUUUUAUUUUUUAAUUAUUAUUAUUAUUUUUUAAUUUCCCAGAUGCUCCUCCACGCUCUUGAUGUUCUAAUAAAUGUUUGUGCCAGUGCUAUCUUGAUGCUUUCUGGAAAGCUAGCAUGUUUUAUGUGAGCCCUUUAAAUGUUAUAACUUAUUUAUAAAUUGAUAACAGAUACGGUGGUUUGUUUGUUUUUAUCUGAGUUUACAGCUAUGGGGAGGGGGGGAGAUUUAUUCUCUGCCUAAGCUAAAGUUGGGAUUCCUGCACUAAAAUAGCAGAAAAAAAAUCAAAAAACUGUAAAGAAAAAAAUAAAAAAGCAAAAAAGCUCUUGUAUCUUUUUGUCUUCAAAUUGUCGAAUCUGUGGUUUAGUUCAAAUGUAAGGCCAUGCUUUCUAGUUCCCAGGCUAAUUCUGAGACGUGUUCUUAGACGUGGGUAAACUUCACUAUUAAAAACAUGUAUAAAAUUGGACCAACCAUAAAGUGUUCCAAUGUCUGUAAAUACUAGAAAUAUUUCUGAUGUGACUAAUAGACAGUUGGUAGUGGGCAGAGUGAAUGCAGUGUUAUGUGUAAAAUGGCAUCUGUCAUGUCUAGCUGCCUGUUAGUAUUUUGCCAAUACGCUUUUUGUAUUUGUUUGUAGCUUUACUUCAAGUCAAAUAAACAUUUCUCCUAUUCACAAAGGCUCCCAUUCGUAUUUUCUACCCA